GAUCAAGUUUCCCAAACCUGAAUACAAGCCACGCUCAGGUCGAACAUCUGAUCCGUAGAUAUGCUGCUUAGCAGGAAUGUUAGAAAAUGCUCAGAAAAUGUCAACAUGCCCGAACAGGAACCCUCUGAGCUGCUGCGGGACUAUGAAACGCCUGUGCAACUCAAGUAUGUGCCGUUUUCAGACAACACAAUGGACUCACAUGUAGAAACAUGAAACAACGGAGAGGAGGGAAAAACAGGCAGGACCUCAUUUGACUGGACGGUUUGGAAAAAGUACAGCAGGGUGCUCUUGCCACUCCCAACUGUGUAAUCAGGUGACCGAAGGCGUGGCGUGCAACAACGCUUCUUUCACUUUACGCCACAACGCUGUUCUGCUUCCUAUAGGGCAGAGGUUACAUGCUCAGAAAGGUGGACUUGUUCACACUGACUCAGCAUGGGUCUUCCCGGGGGGAUCAAGUGUUUGAAGUAUCUCAUUUUUAUCUUCAACGCUUUCUUCUGGCUUGCAGGCACUGCUGUCCUGGCUAUAGGUCUGUGGCUGAAACUGGACUCGCAAACCAAGGGCCUCUUUGAAGGACCGGAUCCUCCGUAUGUUUUCUACACAGGUGUUUAUAUCCUCAUCGGAGUUGGCGUGCUCAUGAUGGUGGUGGGCUUCCUGGGAUGUUGUGGCGCAAUCCAGGAGUCACCGUGGAUGCUGGGCCUGUUCUUUUUCUUCCUGCUGAUCAUAUUUGGCAUCGUGAUCGCGGCUGGAAUCUGGGGAUUUUCGAACCAGACCAAGGUGGUGAAUGACAUCAGUGCAACCUACACACAGAUGUACAAUUCGUACAAGAAAACUGGAGAUGAGAGCCUUAAAAAGGCUCUGCGCGUGAUCCACGAUGGGUUGUACUGCUGCGGUGUCAAGGGUGCGAUGGAAGAAACUGAACCGGACCUUUGUCCCCGUGCAGAACAGCAGCUUGAGAAGCUCAUUACUAAGAAGUGUCCUGAAGUCAUCGAGGAGGUGUUUUUCUCCAAGCUACACAUUAUUGGAGGAGUCGGGAUCACCAUUGGAGUUGUUCUGGUGUUCGGGUUGAUCUUUAGCAUGCUUCUGUGCUGUGCCAUCAGGAAAUCUCGGGAGGUGGUUUGAAAUACCUACUGGAAGUUAUUGUUGUUGUUGCAUGAUGUCGUUCUCAGAGUCAACAGACUCUGCACUGCCAACAAAAAUAAAUCACUGCUUGUUCAAAGAGGGUGCUAAACUAAGCUAGGAGGAGUCAAUAUAAUUCUGGCUGUAGAGAACGUGAAAGUAUGAUACAAUGAAUUCUGGCUAAGCUAGUUCAUUCAUGUAAACACUUUUCAGAAUUGUGCUACGACAGAGCACAACGUGCACAAAAUGUUGACCUUCAUACGGACCUUCGGGUCUGUGUCUUAUUUAGUAAAGACACGGGCCUUCCCCUAGAAAGUAAUUAUCCCGUUCCAGCAUUAAGAGAUUUUUUUUAUACAUGAAAGAGAUUUAUGAAAUGAAAACUAACAAAAAAAAUAUUACAUUCGUCUAACUUGAUUUAAUUGGCCCAAAAAAGAAAGAAGCAACAUUUUGCCAGUUAGCAGAUUUUGGCAGAAUGCUCGCUUGUUUGUGAGCUUUUUUUUUUAAAACUCUCAAUCAGAUUUAGCUGAUUUCAUUGAUUUUUACCGAAAUGACAUCAAAGCUAACCAGAGGCCAGAGAAGGUUACCGCCAGAGCUCAUGUUUCAACAUACCUUUGCAUACUCUCUACAGUGUAUCAGUGUAUCAGAUAUGACUUUGCUCCUGAGAUAGAUGUGAUGUUGUCACUAAGCCCAUAUAUAGAAUGGGUGCCAUCUGCUUCAGCGGCAGUGUAGUACUGAAAUGUAUAAAUUUGUGGUUAUUUGACUGAUAUCGGCAUUUGUGAGCUUCUAUCUAAGCGAAACAGCAUGUCAGUGUGCGUUGAUGACAUUGAUUUCGAUUUCAAUCACUUCGGAUCUCCUACGACUGAAAACGGUAAACACCACCACUAAAGUGCAACACAGCUGUAGACAUAGCAAUAAAACUAAGGAUGGCUAGCAGCCAAAUGAAUGCCAAGCUAUAAACUACAAGAUGUUUGUGGCGUAAACAGGCUUGGCAUUACAGUAGCAUCUGGGUUCCAUUGAUUUCUAUUGUUUCUUUUACCUUUGCCCUUGUUUAAAAUCCCUUUACUUUUUUUCCAUGUUUUGUAUGUUGUGUUUUGGUUUAUUUUUCUAUUUGUAAUAUUUUUGAUGUUUGGCGUGUAUAUGGCAAAUGCAGUUUGAUUAUUUGCAGGGUCAUCCUGAUUUGAAUGACUUUGUUCAUUUAUACACUAUGCACUAUGUUAAAAUGGGUCAAAAGUUAACAAGAGCCAAAUAUAUUAAAGUGAUUUAAGUUGAA